UGUUUCAUAUGCAGUGAAACUUUUCAAUAAAAAAAGUAGCUGCAGCUCUACAGGAAUUUGCACAAAACAUUUUAUUGAAAUAAUUGCAACAUGGUGGAAUGUAAUGAAUGUAAAACAUCCAGAAAGGGGGAAACGUUUGAGAUCUUUACUGCAGACCAAUGUAUACUAAAAAUGAUGAGCAAAUUAAACUUUUGAAUUGUUUUAUAGAAUUUUUGGAUGCAUGGGAGAAAUUUAAUUUGAAACAACAGCAUGGAAGAUUGUCAGAUGAAACACAUUUUGCUUUAAAACAUACAACUUAUGCUAUGAUUCAUCUUAUUGAAUAUUUGUUUGAAAAAUUUUCAUUGAAGUUUGUACUUUUGGGAAAGUUCCAAACAGAUAAUCUUGAAGUUAGAUUUGGACAAUAUUGCCAAAUGUGUGGUGAUAAUUAUCAUGUUAGUGUUGUGCAGGUUUUAGAAUGUGAAAAAAAAUUAAAAAUUUUAAGUUUACUGAAAUUGAAAUCUGAGAGAAUAAGGAAUUUCUAUAUUAAAGAUUUGGUGUCAGCUCAAGUAGAAAAUUGUAUGCAAGAUUCCUUUAAAUCACAGAUGGAUAUUUGUUUCGAAUGUUUUGAUGAUGAUCCUAUUGAAUGUGAAAUGAUAACAGUUCCUUUGGCUACCAUUAAAAUUUUAGUUUUUAUUGCUGGUUAUGCAGUUCAUAAAUUAUUACAGAAGAUUUCAUGUGAAAAGUGUAAAUCAGUAAUAUCCUCUUUAGAUAAAAAAUGAGAAUUUGACAUUUUACACCCUGAACUUAUAAGUUAUAUUAAGGAAAUUGAUAGAGGAGGUUUUUCAUAUCCAUCUGAUUUAUUUCUCUCUUUAACUGUUGAAUUAUAUAAGCUUUUUCAAUGUUUAUUACAAGCUAAGUAUGAAGAUCAAUUUCUACAGUGCAAAAAACAAAAAUAAUUAUUUAGUAAACUUUCAUUUGAAAGAAUUGAACUAAUUGAUUUAGUAUCUGUCAGUGUUCCAUGUAUCUGUGGAACAAUGCCAUAUUUUCUUUUGAAAAAUUUUUUAAAUAUAAUUUCAAAUAUUUUUAAAAUAAUUAUUGUCAUGCAAGAAUAUUGGCUUUGAAAGAUAUGCCUGGAAGAAAAAGGAAAUUACAAACUUACAAUAAAUCUGUAAAUUAAUUAUCUUAAAUACUUUACCUACACAUUUCCACUCCCACUUAAUAUAUAAAUAUUACUAUUAUGAGAAUAAGUUAGAUUUCAGUUUUAUUUUAUAUA